CGUCUUUCGAGUCACCCAUAAGUCGUUGGUCACUACCGGACCAAACACAAACGACAACCAAUGCGGCCCAACAUGGCUCCCAGUGCUAUGGUAAGAACGAAAAUUAUUAUUAUUUUAUUUUCCUCCGCAAAAUUAUGUAAACAAAAUCUACUUCGAACAAACCAAACAUUUUUUUUUUUUUUUUUUUUUUUUACAAAAAACUAUUGAUUCGUAGAUUAUAAUAUUUUAUUGAAAAACAAAACGAAUUGUUAAUUGUUUUAUGUAAAAAAAAUUUUCUGUUAAUUUGUAUAUUUUCUCGAGCGAUUCGAAACUGCGGAACAGUGAAUAUUAUUACUCUGUUAUUUUAACGUAACACAUAUUUGAAUAAAAUAAUUCUAGAUUUUUCGAUUAAACCAUUUUGAAAAAAACAAGACUAAAACACUUAAAAGUACUAUUUGUGUUAAACGUCUUCGUAAUGUAAAAAUAAAACUUAAUUAAUUUUUUUUUUUUUUUACUGCCUUAAAAAUUGGAGUUUUCCGAAAAAGAAGAAACGUUAAUUCGUAUAUACAAACUAAUAAAUUGUUCGCAGACAAAUUACUAAAAAUACGUUUUUUAUAAUACUUUUAAGUAGGUUAUAAUUAAAUAGUAUAAACUUAAAUCAUAAUAAUUAAACUCAAAUAUAAUCAACCGUGGUGAAUAUUAAUCGACCGAUAGUGUUGGAAUAAUCGUCUUUGCACGUUAAAUCGAUAAAAAUUAAAUUAACAAAAAUAAUACACCUCGCGAUGGUUUUUUUUUUUUAUUUUUUUUUUUUUCGAACUGUACCGUUAGUUAUAAAUAAUUUAUACACAUGUACCGAUGCGUUUCGUGUUAUCUCACUAUUAAAAGUUAUAACUAUUUGAAACCGAACGUUAUAAUGUUCAAUAUAAAAACCAAUCGGGAAUUGAUAUUAUAAAAAAAAUUGUAAUCAUUGUGAAUAUAUAUUUAUAUACGUUAUACACAUAUAAUGUAUAAUAAUUGUAUAUUCUUGUAAUAUGUUAUAAAUAUCGAUCUCGUAUUUUUGGAUAUUUACAUUGAACAAUUUAAUAGAACACCGUCUGGAUUCACGGUAUAUUAUAAUAUACACUAAUAUGCAGCCGACGUCGAGUCUCGGUUUUAUUCAAAAAUUCUAGUUAAAUGAAUAAUAGUUCGUUUGUGUAACACGACAUAACUGUGAAUUAUAAAUACAUGAACGUAUACAUGGGAAACAUAAUAUGUUUGAUAUUCUAUUAAUAAAUCGUAUUAUUAUUAUUUUUCAGAUUCGAGCAGCUUUCCUAGGACUCCUGGCCGUGUCCACCACGUUUGCCGACGUUAUACACCUGAAAAACAAGGGCGAAAACGCAACGAAUUUGAAAAGUAUCGAAGAAUCGGCAUCUAGUUCUGAAAACGUCAACGUUGCUUCCUUGGCUACAUCGACUCCUGCUCCGUUUCCUUCGUUCGACAAUUCGUUCUCAUCGAAUUUCUUCGCCAAGGCUUCUCCAGCUCAGUCUUUAAAUGCACCGUUCUUGUCGUCUGGCCCGAUAUCAUCAACGUUCAACAAUUUCAAUCUAGCUAAUUCCAACCCGUAUGCAUUCUCAUUUGGUGCCAAGUCUUACGGUCCGUCUAAACCAUUUGCCUUUGAUAACACCUUUUCAUCGAACGGUUUCUCCAAUGGCGCUGCAGCAAAUUCUGUCGGCGGAUCAUUCGCUUCGUCUACCCCAGCGCCUAUUAUUGGAUCUUCCGCUGCAUCUCCAUUAUUUGACGGAUCUUUUGCUUCGUCUACCCCUGCAUCAAUCAUUGGAUCUUCUACCGCAAGUCCAUCGUUUGAUGGAGUUUUCGCUUCAUCCACCCCAGCAUCAGUCAUUGGAUCUUCCAACGCGGCUUCAUUAUUCGACGGUGCUUUCGCUUCGUCUACCCCAGCAGCUUUGUUUGGAUCAUCUACUUCUGCUCCAUUUAAAUCUGGCUCUUUUAAUUCGAUUUCCGGAUUUUCUCCAGUUUCAGCCUCAUUAGCUGGAUCAUCGCCAUUCGUUUCGUCUAUUCCGGAACCGGUUAUUUUGAACAGAUCACCUGCAUUUGCUACCACGUACGGUUCAUCAUUUUCGUCAAAUGUGCCAUCUUUUGCCCAAGGAGCUACGGUAGUUAAAUCUGACGCAUACCAAACCGAAUCCAUUCCUUCAUUAUCGGUCGCUAACGUGCCAGCACCUCAUCAUGAAAUUACCAUCAGCAAGGAAGUGCCAGUACCGUACUACGUCCAAGUCGAAAAGAGAGUUCCAUACCCCGUCUUGGUUCGUAUUCCACAUCCGUACCCAGUUACUGUAGAAAAGCAUGUACCGUACGCAGUCAAAGUGAACGUAGACCGUCCGAUUCAUGUUCCUCAACCAUACCCGGUUGAAAUCGAGAAAAGAGUUCCAUACCCGGUUGACAAGCCCGUGCCUUAUGAAGUGAAAGUCCCAGUUGACCGGCCGUACCCAGUUCAAGUUCCAUACGAAAAACCAGUACCGUACGCAGUCGAGAAGCCAGUGCCGUACCCAGUACGCGUAAACGUAGACAGGCCAUAUCCCGUCGAAAAACCAGUGCCAUAUCCAGUGCAUGUCGAUAAACCAGUGCCUUACCCAGUAGAAAAGCCCGUACCGUACCCAGUCGAAAAAUUAGUGCCAUAUGCGGUUGAAAAAAGAGUUCCGUACCCAGUCAAAUACGAAGUUCCAGUAAAUGUUCCGGUCCCAGUCGAAGUUAAAGUUCCCGUAUCCGUAGACAGACCAGUGCCAUAUCCAGUAGAAAAGAGAGUACCGUACCCGGUACAAGUACCAGUCGAAGUCAAGGUUCCAGUGCCAGUUCAAUCUACACCUCAACGUUUUGCUACUGUUCACUAUUACCAACAAGGAGUUGCUCCAGGAACUAAUAGCGCAUUUUAUGCCUCAAACCCUGCCUUAGCUAAUAGAUUUUACGGCUCUAACCCUGCCUUAGCUAAUGGAUUCUACGGCUCUAACUCUGCCUUAGCUAAUGGAUUCUACGGCUCCAACUCUGCUUUGACCAGCGGAUUUUACAGUUCCAACCCUGCAUCAGCCAAUGGGUUCUUUGACUCAAACCCAGCCUUAGCCGGUUCAUUCUACGGAUCUAAUCCCGCCUCAGCUAGUGGAGUAUUCGGCUCAGACUCUGCUCUGGCCAGUGGAUUAUACGGUUCCAAUUCCGCCUUAACCAAUGGAAUCUACGCCGCCAACACUGCUUCGGCUAAUUCAUUCUACAGUUCAACCUCUGCUCCAGCUAAUGAAUUCUAUAGUUCAACUGCAGCUCCAGCCAGUGAGUUCUACAGCUCUACUCCAGCCCCAUCUAGUCAAUUCAGUUCUACUAUUAAUCCAAUAAGUUCGUUCAGUACCACUGAAAACCCAGCUGGGUUUAUAGGCUCAAACCUUGCUCAACAAGGUUUCGUUAGAGUAAACGAAGAUCAAAAGAGCAACAUUUUCGGUUCAUCUGGUCUGUUCGGUUUCGGCCAACAAUCAUUUUUCGGAUCGUCAACGCCAGCUCCAUUCGACUCUUUCUCAACCGGUUCAUUGCCGGCUGAUUCGUCAUCAUUUUUAAAAUCGGCGAAUUUCGAAUCUACCACUCAAGAUGCAAGUUCCAUUGGAGAAUUCUCAGCUAUCAAGUCCGAAGCUCAAAAUGUGAAGUAGAUAUUUCUAUCUAAAUAUCAGUAGAUUUUAAUUUUACACUAAAGUUACCAUGCAUAACACUUAUUAUUAUACCUAAUAUAAAAAUAUGUUAUAAUUAAAUAAUGUUAUUUUAAUUAUCAUAA